AUGCGCUUCUCCAUCACCGCCAUGAUCGUCACCCUGGCCCUGGGCGUCAACGCUAUGCCCGCUCAGAGCGAGCCUGCCGCCGUCGUCAACCGCGACGUUAGCUCGACCGAGCUGGCACAGAUCAUGCGAGACUUCAAAUCCUCCGCGUCCGUCGAGGCGCAGGCUUGCGACAUGGACUGGUUCAACACCUGCCGCGGCACGUGCCCGAUUGGAGGGGUCUGCCCUGGCUGUGCUAUUGGCUGCAUCAUCGGCUGCUGUGGAAGCUCUGGCUGCUGCUAA